AUGUCAUUACUAGAAUCAGAAGAAACUUUAUCCGAAGUAGAGCAGUUUAAAGAAAAGAUCGAAACUCAACAUAAUACAGUUGAUAAAGCUAAUAAAGAGCUUAAAUUACUGCGAAAAGAACUACAAUCUAAGCAAGAAACAUUAAAAGAUUUAAGAGAGAAUUUGCAGGAGCAAGAUAGUGAUGCAUUAGAAUUGUUGGAAAAACUUUACCAACAGCAGGAAAAAAUAAAAGGACAUCUAACCACUCAAUCAGCAGAUGAAAUAAGGCAAGCCAUCCAAGCGCAAAAUGAACUUAUAGACUCAAAGUUAGAACUGAACACACAAGAAUAUGAAAACAUUUUAUCACAUCUUGAGCUAUGCCAAAAGUUGCAGCGCUUUUUAAGUGAAGAUGGACAAGAUAUUUCUUAUAUGGGAAUGGAACAUCAAUUUGCUCACCUACUUAAAGACAAUAAGAAAGAAGACUUACUUGAAAAAAAUUCACAGCUUAUUGCAGAGCUUAAUGGCAAGAUGCAAAAUCUACAAGAAAAGGAGUCCUAUUUAAUUGAGCAAAAAAAUAAACUACAAAAGAAAGAUUUAGCUGAUGAUUUGAUAGUUGAUGCUGAUCCAGAACUACAAAAAUUAUUUGAGUACCGCCAAGCGGAGAUAAAAAAAGAAAUAGAUGUUAUAUUAGAAGAAAAUGCUGUAACAAAGGAACAAUAUAACACUGUAAAACUACAAGAAGAAGAAAUAAAGAAAAUCCAAGACCAAAUAGAGCAAAAAAUUCAAAUUAUUGAACAAAACAAGCAACAAGAAGAGCAAUUAAUUGGAGGAUUAGAACAGUUCGAACAAAAAGUUUCUUCCACUCUAUCCAAUACAAAGCAACAAAAAGAAGCUCCACUUAGUUAUCAUUCUAUACUACAAGAAAGAGCUGCUGAUGGUGCAGUAGAGCUAAAACGUCAAAUUGAGCUUAAUAAGUUACAUACUGAACUUAGUGCUGCCCAAGAAAAAAUAAAUGAUCAGGCUAGUUUGUUAAAAGAAUUAGACUUAUUGAGAAAUGAGGAAAAAUUAUUUGCAAAUCAAGAAAUAGAAAAUCAUCUAGCAUCAAUACGUAGUCUCCAAGAACGAAUUAAAGAAUUGGAAAAAGAAGAGAGACAAACAAAGCAGCAAGAUACUAGUUUAUUUGAUGAACUAAAAUUUCCAGAUUUGGAAUCUAGGAUAAAUACAUUAACCAAAGAGAAUGAUAAUUUACAAACUCAGUUAGAAAAGGUAAGGGAAAAUGAACAAAAACAGAUAGCUAUACUUAGUGAGGCAAAAGAACAUGAUGCAACAACAAUACAAACACUAAAUGAGGAAUUAUCUCAACUAAAAUCAGAGCAGAAGGAAAGACAGAAAGAGCUAGAUAAAGCAAAAGAAGAAUUAACUGAUAUUAACAAAAAAUUGCUUGAAUCUGAAAAAUUGCAAGGAGAAGAAAGUAAGCAGACUAAAAAUUUACGGAAUCAGCUAGAGCAAUUAAGUACUGAGUUAAAAGAAACAAAAGAAUCUGAAGCAAAGGCUCUUACUAAAGAAGAAGCCACCAAUUUGAAGUUACAAGCAGCAGAAGUAGAAUAUGCAGCAAUAGUUAAAGAACAAUCGGUAGAUGCAUUAAAAUUGCAAACAAUAAGUGAGGAAUUAUCAAAACUAACAUUAGAGCAGAAAGAAAGCCAGAAAGAACUAGUA